AUGCUGGGUAACGGAGCGCCACAACCGCCGCAGCCGCAUAUGCGAAAUGGCAGCAGCUCCAACAAUCAAUACCCUCGGCAUAUGAGCACCGGUAGCUUGAAUAUUGCAAAUGGUCAAUCGGGUCCCAUCAAUGGUGCUUCUCCUAGAGCGGAUGGGGUGGCAAGAAGUCCUCCUACUAGACAAACUGGUCAAGCUUGCCCAUUCAGUCACGAUCUAGCUAGUACAACUGACAAUGUCUGCAAAUACUUUUCAAAGGGUAAUUGCAAGUUUGGACCUAAAUGCGCAAACAUACACGUUCUGCCUGAUGGAAGACGGAUCAAUUAUAAAGCAAAUAUGCCACCGAUGGCACCGGCUCUGAAUCUUGGAGGACGAAUAAACCCAGAUCCUUAUCAUGGACAAGGUUCGGCUUUAACAAAUUCUUUCGCUCGGGCCCAGGGUGUACCCUCAUCGCCAUAUGGUCAACCCUAUGGCCCUUUCACAACACAAGAGGAUGGAUUUGUUCCUAUGGUUGGCAGACAGCAAAGUGUUGAUAUCAAUAUUCCGACGAUCGAUACGAGUUAUGCAUCGCAUCCUGGUUCAAAUUAUGGGUCGCCUAGAGAUGAUAUGAUGGAUCGAUUUGGCCUUGGACUUUCACCAGUUGCUGCCAAAGGAUUAAGUGUCUUGGAUGCUCCUUUGCCAGCUUCAUUCGAUAGUAAUGGUGUAUCGUGGAUUGCAAGACAUGGAAAAGUAGCAUCCUCAGUUCCUACGAAGUUUGGCAUUGAUUCUCCCCCAUCAUCAGUUGGUGGAGGAAAGCCAACAGACGCCUUAAGAAGCUUGCAUAGCUCUGCAUUUGGAGAUGACACUAGGGAUCGAUUCAACGGAAUCGCAUCAUCUCCGCCAUCCGAGGAAUAUUUUGGGAAACGCACCAUGCAUUCUCAGCGAUCGACCAAACCAAAGAUUAUAUCGGCAAGCCUUCCAAGAGAGCAUAAAGAGCUAGACUGGUCAGAGGCUUUCUCAUUUGAAGAAGAUUUACUACCGGAAGCUCUCCAUGAUCUUAUGACACCAGCAGAGAAAGCUAGAAGAAAUUCUCGGGCCGCCUACGAUGAAUCAAAGCCAUCUCGGGGAUUUUAUGAUGAAGUAAGAUCAACAUACAGUGGAACAGGUACCCCGAGCAAUGAUACCCCGACAAAAUUUGGCUCUCCAUCAAACGGAAGCCCUUCUUCUAGAUGGGGUGCCUACUUUCAACCAAAAGCCAAGGAAGAAGAGAUUUCUCGAGCUUCAGUAUUUGGUCAUGUAGGCUCUCCACUUCGGAACUCUCUUCUUCAUGAAGGAGCAAGUCCUAGCUCAAGACCAAUUGCUCGUCCUAAUACAUCUGGUGAUGCAUUGUCAAAUGUUGCAUCUCCACCUCGCCAAACUUCCAUGUCUAUCAUUUCACAACAACUUCAGCGAACUCGUCUCUCCAGAGCCGAAUCCAAUGGUAGCGAUCCCAGCCUUCUUUCAUCAUCGGCAACGCGCACUAUUACUACUCCCAUUGGUUCGGGUCGAUCGGCUUUUUCGGCUGAUAGACAACCUAGCUCUGCUAGUAUUGGUGGCAGUGGCAGAUUUACCACACCCAUUGACGAAGAACAGGGUGAUUUCGUUUUCAAUAUGGAAGGCAUGGAUGAUGAUGAGAGAAGUCAGAAAAGAAGCAGCCCUUGGAACAUCGCUGGAAGUAACAAGAGCCCAAGCUUAGGCGCUGUUGGUGGUGGUCGAAGCAUUCCAGCAAAUAAGACUAACGGCAGUGGCCUCGAUGGAAUGUUUGGUGGACGAUGA